CUGUAAGUUUAAAUCGAUUUUUAGGAUUGUUUUGGCCCUAAAAGCAGUUUCAGAUUAUUCAGUUGGCCUGUAUAUGAAUAAAGAAGUUAUAUAGAUCUUUUUUUAAAGUCUUAGAUUGACUAAAGGAACUUAUAUCUUCCAUCUGUUUCCUUUUUAUUCACUUGCUCAAUGGUCCAUGGCGUAAUAAAGGACAGUUUCUUAUCUGUAGUAUUUGUCACUGUCUCCAUAUAUAGCAUAACCAUUUUUCUUUAUUUACCUGCAUUCUGCUGAGCCCAAUAUGGUCUGUUCUAAAUUACUGUACGCUUUAAUAUAGUCAUAUGUUAGUUAAGUAAUUUAAAUAUAAGUGGAAUUGCUAGAUGGUCAUAGAUGAUAUGCUAGGAGAAAUCAGUCAUGCAGAGAACCUUCACAGUAAGCUGUAUGCAAAACUAGCAAUCGUACAUCCUGUUCAUCUGCUUUUAUUUUUAAACGAGGACAUUAUUGGCGUGUUAGAUAUUACAUGAAGAUCUGAUAGUCUUAACGGGUGCUGCUAUAUCAGCUUGAACACAUGAAAUUAUGAUCCAGCUGUUAAACCUGUGUACAUUUUUGAGUCUUACUGCCAAAUUAUCAAAUGCAGAUAUCUCUGUUAGUCUUGGAGUGAUGACUGAACUCAGUGGCCAGACUGAACUGACAUGCUGUGUCCAGGACCAGAAUAUAUCGCAGUGCUUUUUCUAUGCUGAAUCAAGAAACAUUGGCCAUCAAAAUUCCUCUGACCAUUGCUGUAAGCUCACUGUCAGUAGAGAAAAACUGUUAGAGGGAAAAGAUGGCGAGGAGCUCCGAACAACAAUUAUCGUCUACUGUACGAGCAAACCUGGCAACAGGACGAGCCAAGAUGUCACCAUUACAGUGUGGAGGCUAUCUGUUUUUUGCUUUGUUUUUCUGAUUAUACUGGGGACGCUGACUCUCCUCUCUUUGCUGACGUUCAUCAUAUUCAUAUGCAUUAUCUGCAAGACCAAAAAUCAAGAGAAUAAACAAAACCAAAGUGCUAGUUCUGGUACAGCUGUGCUGGAAGAGAAAACAGAGAUAGUAGAGGAUGAGCUAUUGUAUGCCACAGUGAACCAUUCAGCUGCUGGUGAAAACUCUGCUCCUACAGUGAAGUAUGAAUCAGGAACUGACUACGCCACAGUGGUCAUACACUGAAUAACCUGCAACAAUGGAUGGAAAAGACUUUUCAAGGAUUUAAAUCACCAAACAUGAAAUAAAAACCGCAUGUGCUGUGUUUUGAGCAAAUUUACCAUUACAUAAUUUUCAGAUAGGCCUAUAAGAUGUAAAAUAAACUUGGAUGAAAGAAUAUUUUAGAAUGAAAUUACAAACAAUAAAGCCAUUACAGCUGCACUUUUUCGAGCAACAAUGGAAGUGUAUUUUACUCUAAACUCUUCUAUAACCAUUUUAAACUAGAUUGAAUACCAACAAAAAUCAUACUGUAAGUUAUAGGAUAAGUUAGCAUAGCAUACCUAAACAUAUAGCAUUUAAAUAUAGGCUAGUAGGCUACAAAUGCAUUUCAGGAAAACAAUCAUAUUUCACUUAAUUUCACAUGUAAAUGUUAAAAAGAAAAGAAGAGUAGUUCACACAGGAAUGUUGUUGCUCUAUUAGUUCAUUAAAGCCUAAACAAUGAAGUGUGUGGAAAUGUCCCCAUUAUGUCUUCAUCGAUCGAUUACUGAAACCGUGCAGUGCUGUCCACUAGAUGGCGAUAUCUAGCGCUGGAAAACCAAGAUUGUGCUUCACUGACGAAAUACAAAGUAUUAAAUGUUUCCUUUAAAAUCCUUUUGUGGAAAAACGGCAGGCUGUGCAGUGGAUACUGUGUUAUGUCUAAAUGGACUGAAUUACUGCAUAAACAACAAUGCAUGAAUCCUUUCUCAUGGAAAACCAGUCUGGUGAGAGAGAGAGAGAGAGACCGUACAUGCAGUUUUUAUGAGAUCUGCACAAAGACAGCAGUACCAACAGACGUGCCGUAAACAGUUGGCAGUAUCAUGGCUGAGAAAAAUGGGAGACUGUAAGUGAGAAAGAGAGACGGAGGGAGAAAAAUCAAGCUGCUGCAGUAUCCCUACACUGUUGAGCCUUGGACUGCGUGACUGACUGGUGUGUGGCGAGAGAGAGAGAGAGAGAAGAAGGGAGGGGGGAUGGGAAGGAUCUCGCUUGGAUGAGGAGCAAGCAGUCAGGCAGGCAGCAGCAUCAUCUCUUUUGUGGCGAGCUGCUGAGGGAACUGGCCGCCUAGAGCCGUGUAGGGCGCUUACUCCUCGCAGGCGCGCAAAGCGCCACCGCCUCUCCCGCACUGGCCGCCGCAGGGACAGCCUCCUUCACAGGCGUAGCACCGCUUGUUGCAGCGGCACCAUGGCGCAAGCCGCUAAGCAGAUCCGCAAGAACAAGGACCUACAGGAGCUUGCAGCCCAAGAGCUGCGAGAGAAGGAGGAGGAGAAGAUCAAGAAGAGGAACCGAUCGAGAGACCGCAGGCGCAAGGCUCAUGUGGUUCAGCGCUGGCUUGUGCAUCAGGACAGUAGUUUGAGUGGAGAGGGUUCGUCGGAGGCUCAAGGUGGAAAAUGGCACUUUGAUGGAAGAGCGGAUACAACAACCAGUUUUCUCCGUGCUGCACGCUCAGGUAAUCUGGAAAAAGCUCUGGACCAUAUCAAAAAUGGAAUAGACAUCAACAUAGCGAAUCAGAAUGGGCUUAACGGGUUGCACUUGGCCUCCAAAGAAGGCCAUGUUAAGAUGGUGCUGGAGCUGCUGCACAAUGGCAUUGCCUUGGAGACUACCACAAAGAAAGGGAAUACUGCCCUUCAUAUUGCUGCUCUGGCCGGUCAAGAGAAAGUGGUUGCAGAACUGAUAAAUUAUGGUGCCAACGUCAAUGCCCAGUCUCAGAAAGGUUUCAGUCCCCUGUACAUGGCAGCACAGGAGAACCACUUGGAAGUGGUGAAAUAUCUACUUGAACAUGGAGCCAAUCAGAGCCUUCCAACAGAGGAUGGCUUUACUCCCUUGGCAGUAGCUCUUCAGCAGGGUCACGAGAACGUGGUGGCCCUCCUGAUAAACUAUGGCACCAAAGGCAAAGUGCGUCUUCCGGCCCUGCACAUUGCGGCGCGCAAUGACGACACGCGCACUGCUGCCGUACUGCUGCAGAACGACCCAAACCCAGACGUCCUCAGCAAAACCGGCUUUACUCCCCUCCACAUCGCAGCCCAUUAUGAGAAUCUCAGUGUAGCACAGCUUUUGUUAAACAGAGGAGCCAACGUGAACUUCACGCCGAAGAAUGGCAUCACUCCAUUACAUAUCGCUUCCAGGAGGGGGAAUGUGAUUAUGGUGCGGCUUCUGUUGGAUAGAGGAGCUCAGAUAGAUGCCAAGACUAAGGAUGAGCUGACGCCGCUGCAUUGUGCAGCCAGGAACGGUCAUGUACGUGUGGUUGAGAUCCUGCUAGACCAGGGCGCUCCUAUUCAGGCCAAGACCAAGAACGGUCUAUCUCCCAUCCACAUGGCAGCACAGGGCGAUCACAUGGACUGCGUGAGGCAGCUGCUGCAAUACAACGCGGAGAUCGAUGACAUCACCCUCGACCACCUGACCCCGCUGCAUGUUGCAGCACACUGUGGGCACCACCGCAUGGUCAAGGUGCUGUUGGAUAAGGGGGCAAAAGCUAAUGCCCGUGCUCUGAAUGGAUUCACUCCAUUGCACAUUGCCUGCAAGAAGAACCACAUGCGGUCCAUGGACCUUCUGCUGAAGCACUCUGCAUCUCUGGAGGCCGUGACUGAGUCGGGUCUGACCCCACUUCAUGUGGCUGCGUUCAUGGGGCAUCUCAACAUAGUGAAGAGUCUUCUUCAGAGAGGAGCUUCACCCAACGCUUCUAAUGUGAAAGUGGAGACCCCUUUGCACAUGGCUGCCAGAGCGGGGCACUGUGAGGUGGCUCAGUUCCUGCUACAGAACAAUGCGCAGGUGGAUGCCAAAGCGAAGGAUGAUCAAACCCCCUUGCACUGUGCCGCUCGAAUGGGACAUAAGGAGUUGGUGAAGCUGCUUUUGGAACAUAAGGCCAAUCCAGACUCGGCCACCACGGCAGGCCACACUCCUUUGCACAUCGCUGCCCGCGAGGGACACGCCCAAACCACACGCAUCCUGCUCGACGGGAAUGCCCAACAAACCAAAAUGACCAAGAAAGGAUUUACCCCUCUACAUGUAGCAUGUAAAUAUGGGAAAGUGGAUGUGGCGGAGCUUCUUUUGGAAAGAGGGGCCAAUCCAAAUGCAGCUGGAAAGAAUGGCUUGACCCCUCUGCAUGUGGCCGUCCAUCACAACAACCUUGAUGUAGUCAAGCUGCUGGUCAGCAAGGGCGGCUCUCCGCACAGCACGGCGAGAAACGGCUACACGGCCCUGCAUAUCGCAGCCAAACAGAACCAACUAGAGGUGGCGAGCAGUCUUCUGCAGUAUGGAGCUAAUGCCAAUGCAGAGUCACUACAGGGCAUCACCCCGCUUCACCUGGCAUCACAGGAGGGGCAACCUGACAUGGUGGCACUGCUCAUUUCCAAGCAGGCCAAUGUGAACCUGGGCAAUAAGAAUGGGCUGACACCUCUGCACCUGGUUGCUCAGGAAGGGCAUGUGGGCAUUGCAGACAUGCUGGUGAAGCAGGGUGCUUCAGUCUAUGCAGCCUCAAGGAUGGGCUACACACCAUUACAUGUGGCGUGCCACUAUGGGAACAUAAAGAUGGUGAAGUUCUUACUUCAGCAGCAAGCACAUGUUAACAGCAAGACCAGGUUGGGAUACACUCCUUUACAUCAAGCAGCCCAGCAGGGUCAUACAGACAUCGUCACUCUGCUGCUGAAACAUGGAGCCCUGCCCAAUGAGAUCACCACUAAUGGGACGUCACCCCUGGGUAUCGCUAAGCGGCUAGGCUACAUCUCUGUCAUUGAUGUGCUCAAACUGGUGACUGAGGAAUCUGUAUCUGUGAUCACCACUGAGAAGCAUCGCAUGAGUUUCCCUGAGACGGUGGAUGAAAUACUGGAUGUGUCGGAAGAUGAAGGAGUUGCUCAGCUAACAUUAGGUGAUGAACUUCUCGGGAUGGAUGGGGCUCGCUAUUUGAAGCUGGAUGACCUAAAAGACCAGGAUGAUGAUUUUCUGUCCCCCAAGAAAACCCUGAGAGAUUUUGAGAGCGGGAUGGGCACGACACCUUACUCUCCCGCAAUUCCCAGAAUUCCAUGCGUGUCACCUGAAACUGUCAUGUUGGACCAGCACACACCUGUCCCUUUGCCAAAGGAGUAUGACGAGGACUCUCUAAUCCCCAGUAGUCCAGCCACAGAGACCUCAGACAACGUUAGCCCAGUGGCCAGCCCCAUCCACACUGGGUUUCUGGUCAGCUUCAUGGUGGAUGCGAGAGGCGGGUCCAUGCGAGGCAGCAGACAUAAUGGUCUGCGUGUGAUCAUCCCGCCACGGACUUGCGCCGCCCCCACACGCAUCACCUGCCGUCUGGUCAAACCACAGAAGCUCACCACCCCACCUCCUCUAGUGGAGGGAGAGGGACUCGCAUCUCGAAUUAUCUCUCUAGGGCCUUCCAGUAUGCAGUUUCUAGGGCCAGUGAUAGUGGAGAUCCCUCAUUUUGCAUCAUUGAGCCGAGGUGAUCGCGAACUAGUGGUUCUGCGAAGUGAGAACGGCUCCGUAUGGAAAGAACAUCGGAAUCGCUAUGGCGAUGAAGUUCUGGAGACCAUCCUCAAUGGAAUGGAUGAAGAUCUGGAAAGUCAGGAGGAGCUGGAGAAGAAAAGAAUCCGACGCAUAAUCUCCACAGACUUUCCUCUUUACUUUGCUGUGGUGUCACGUGUCCAACAGGAGAGCGAUCUUAUUGGCCCAGAGGGAGGUCAGCUGAUAAGUAAGCUGGUGCCCCAGGUCCAGGCCAUUUUCCCCGAUACGGCGGUCACUAAGAGGGUCCGACUUGGCCUACAGGCCCAGCCAAUCCCUGAUGAGCUGCUGACUCGGCAAUUAGGAAACCAGGCCACAUUCAGUCCCGUUGUGACAGUAGAGCCUCGUCGGCGCAAAUUCCAUCGACCAAUUGGGCUGCGUAUCCCUUUACCUCCAUCUUGGAGGGAGAGUGUACGCGAUGCCGGCGAAGGAGACACCACUAGCCUCCGCCUCCUCUGCAGUGUUAUUGGUGGCACCGCUCCCGCUCAGUGGGAAGACAUCACUGGCACUACCAAGCUCAUGUAUUCCCACAACUGUGCCAACUUCACCACCAAUGUAUCAGCAAGGUUCUGGCUGGCGGACUGUCCCCGAACGGCAGAGGCCGUGACCUUCGCCAACCUUCUGUACCGUGAGCUGAUGUCAGUUCCAUACAUGGCCAAAUUUGUUGUAUUUGCUAAGAUGAACGAUGCCAGAGAGGGCCGCCUGCGCUGUUACUGCAUGACUGAUGACAAAAUAGACAAAACCCUUGAGUUGCACGAGAACUUCUCCGAGGUGGCCCGCAGCAGGGACAUUGAGGUGAUGGAGGGGAUGCCGCUGCACUUAGAAUGUUCCGGUAACCUGGUGCCCGUGAGGAAAGCCACCCAGCAGCCUCGUAGCUUCAGUUUCCAGGCCUUCAGAGACAACCGGCUACCUGUCUCUGUAAAGGUGAGAGACGGCAAUAAGGAAGCCACCGGGUUCCUGUCCUUCCUGCGCAAGUCAACCAAGUACGAGGACACGCAGCACGUGCUGUGCAACCUCAACAUCACCAUGCCUCCCUGCGUCAAGGUGGUGGGUAGCGAUGAGCGGCGGAGAACUUUGACCCCUCUUGCCCUGAGAGAGAGGUACAGCGCCCUGAACGAGCCUGGCCUGGCCACUGUAAAUGCCAUGGAGAGAACCGAGCUAAAGAUCGCAGUAAUAGCAGAACAGCUGGGACUGAGCUGGACCGAGCUGGCAAGGGAACUGCAGUUCAGUGUGGAUGACAUUAACCGGAUCAGAGUGGAGAAUCCUAACUCUCUCUUGGACCAGAGUUCAGCUCUGCUCAACCUGUGGGUUAGCCGAGAGGGCAAGAAGGCCAAGAUGGAGAACCUUUAUGGAGCUUUGAAGAACAUUGACCGGUCAGAUAUUGUGAAGUCUCUGGAGGCUCAGGCUCCACAGGUGCUUCCCGAGGCGGUGGAGGAAGGAGCCUGCAGACUAGCUGAUCGUGACUCCACUAUGCUUUCCCCUAGUGUCCUCAAUGGUUACGGGCUGGUGCAGGAGGAGCUGCUCUCUCCCGCUUCUAUGCAGUACAGCCUUCCCUCCCCGCUGGGCGUUGAGCCCUACUGGCAGGAGGUGUCAAGCCUGGAGUGCGCGCCCAUCGCCACCACUGAGGAGGACACCAUGAUGGAGAUGUCGGACGUGCAGGUGUGGCCAGCGGGGGUCAGUCCGUCCCUGGUGACUGUCGAGGACUCUUCCCUGGAUGGCAGCAGCCGCGCAGACGACUCAGAGGCCAACACGUUGAGCCUGCCCUGCAGCAGUUUGGGGAGGCCCAGCAGCGGAGCCAGCGGGGCCAGCGGCUCUAUCAUGGAGCUGGAGGAAGAAGAGGAGGAAGAGGAGCUCGAGGAAGACGACAUACAGCAUGAGCCAGUCUCCGCAAAUGCGGAAAAGGCACGGGCUAGCGGCGCCGUCCCAAAGGCCAACUACAACGGGCAGGCUGGAGGUCAGAGGUCGGAGGGCAAGAGGACAGAGUUGGCGGCAGCGGGCGGCAGUAUGUUGGGUGUAACUAGAGGAGGAGGAAAGGGUGGAAAAGGGGCAAGUUCAGAGGAAAAGUUUUCUGUUCUUACAGGGCAACAGCUCUACGCUCAGUUAUGCGAGAGAACUGGACUGACCCGAGCUCUAGAACACAACGGGGACAGGCUCGGUGGCGGCGCCUUCCAGCCUUACUCACAGGAGAAAGACUCCCUCCACAGCUGGUCUCAACCCAAAGCCAGGCCGACCAUGGAGUCCAUGAUGUCAUCGUCCCAGGACCACAAUCAGUCCCGUGUAGCACAGGAGGCACUGCUUACACCGGUAUGUGAUACAGGCCAUUCGGAGGUCCUGCGGGGGCGUCUGCUGGGCACUCAGCCCUUUGAUAAAGGGCUGGGCUUCUCCCAUCAGGAGGGGGAAUUACGGGCAUGGGACCAGGACAGACGGAAGGCACAGAAGGAUGAUCCGAUAGAUCUCACCAGCGAUCAUCUACAUGAAGAGCAGUUCACUGAUGAGCAUGGGAAUGUCGUGACUAAGUUGGGUGUGGAUGUGAAGCGGGAUGUCCAGACUGUGAAGCGCUCCAGUCUGCGGAGAGUAAAGCACUGAAAUAAACACAAACUGUCCUGAAGGGUCGAACAUCCACUGCCAAACCAUCCUUCACCUACGCACGACUGGACAGAACGAAACAUGGAGCGAUGGUACGAAAAAAAAAAAGAACAACACGUCGCACCCAAAUCCUACAGUCAAGCAACCAUGGAGUGUCACAAGAAAACAAGGACGAGGACUUCUCUACCUGUAGUUUUGUAACAUUUUUAACAAAGAAGAUAAAAACAUACAACUAGCAUAGGGCAUGAACUUUUUAUACAAAACGUGAAGAAAACCACCAAAAAAAGCAACAAAAGUGCUUCCUGUCAACUGUAAACGCAUGACUGACUGCUGGUGCAUGACCUAUGAGCUGUCAUUAUCUAAAAAACUGAAGGGGUACGAGGUAAAGGGCCGUUCCAGGACUGGCAGUGGGGAGGGAAAAACCUUUGGACCUUUGAUCUUGAAAAUGAGAGACUCUUGAAACGGGGGUCUUGGGAACACAACAGCCCAAAAAAAAGCAACAGUUCUUUCUUUUGUCAAACAGAUUGUCAUUACACAGCAGCAUAGUAGAUGCUAAGCCCGUCACGUCAUUUCCCACAGGCCCUUUAUCCUGUUAUUCAAUGUGAUAUAUGCACUCUAAUGCUAUGUGAAUGUGCGUCGGUGUGUGUGCGUGUGUGUCGGUAUCUAACGCAUGUGUACUCGCUUCUGGCUUGGUACUGAGCUUUUUUUUCCUGGAUCGGUCGAGCUCAUUUGGUGUUUGCCAUGGGAAUGACAACAAGCCACUGUGCUCUCCUGCUUGUGAGCGUCCGCGUGCGUUUAUUUCCACUUUGUUAAGCGUAUCCGUGUUCCUUUGAACUGUCAGCCACCUUUUGCUUUUAUAUCUCUUGUUUUGAAUUUAAAGGCCCCCUCCUUUCAAAUCCGAACCGAUUCGUUUGCUGGAGGUUGCGUAGCUUUGUACGUACAACACCCAAAUGGCAACCUGUGGAGGGCACGUGCUUUCUCUGUCUGACAGUUCACAAACUUAAAGGGUUAGUUUACCCAAAAAUGAAAAUUCUGUCAUUUAUUACUCACCCUCAUGUUGUUCCAC